AUGGCAUCUUCGUCGAACAACCCUGACCCGGGCGAUGCGCCUAGGGCGCGAAUCUCACAACAUAUCCUCGGUAUCCCGCGUCCGCCUUCCGUCGGGGGCAUCUCAUCUCGAGUGACGGAUCUGGCUUCUGAGGAUGGAGAGCAAUCGCAGGCGCAAUCACAGGCAUAUACCGGGGUGUCGUCUCAUGCCCCUCAGUCGCGGCAACACUCCAUUUCUCGCCGGGGGCCUCCACCCGCAAGAAGUUCCAUCACAGCGCAAAGCCAGGUGACAAGCAGACCAGGAAGCUCUGCAAGCCGAUUGAGCCGGACGCAUAUUCCUUCGCUCACUGCGCAAGGCUUCUUUCGCCCAAUGUCAUCUCAGAGGCUUCAGGCGCAUCGAGGCCGACCCGUUACGAAAGAGACUGCGGUGUCCUCUGAGGAUUGGGCCGACCAGUUAGAUCAGAAUCGGCAAAGCCUGGUCUCAAAUAGCACAUUUGCUCAAAGUUCUAUACCCCAGGAGGAGGCGCCUCCAUCGCGCGGCACCGAGUUCACAGACCCUGUAAUUCCAGAUCGGAACACAUCGAAUGCUAGUCCGAUUGGUAAUACGACAGUGAGAAGCCUAGGCGAAAGUGCGAAUCUCCUGACCGAUAGGGCCCGAGUCUAUAAGAUACCGCCGCAGCAUCUCAAUUUAGGGACUAUUCGCAAUGGCCCUGAGCACAAUGAUCCUCCACAGAGGUCUCCCCUCUCGUUUCUAUCCUUGCAAAACAGGGGUGCUCCAGACCGCGGUGACAGUCGAACCCAUGAACGGUUAUCGUCAGCCGACUCCUCCCCAGAAUCCAUCCAAAAGCAACAACCUCCAACGGUCAAGGCUCAUCUGGGCAAGAACUAUGAGCAUUUUAAUGGCAAUACUCUCUUCUUCGGCGGUGGUCGCUUUCAAAACUCCAGAGACAAGCCAAUCAAUAUUGCAACCGGCAUAUUCGUGGUGCUUCCUUCGGUCUUGUUCUUCGUAUAUUCAGCACCUUGGCUUUGGCAUCAUAUAUCGCCUGCCAUUCCGAUUCUGUUUGGUUAUCUCUUCUACAUCUGCUUCUCCUCGUUUAUACACGCGUCGGUAGUCGACCCCGGGAUCAUCCCACGGAAUCUUCAUUCGAUGCCCUCGUCAGAACCCGCUAAUGAUCCACUGGCUAUCGGACCGCCAACGAAUGACUGGGUGAUGGUGAAAUUGGCGACAUCUGAAGUCGCAGCCAUGGAUGUCCCUGUGAAGUACUGCAAGACCUGUAAUAUCUGGCGUCCGCCACGAUGCUAUCAUUGUCGUGUAUGCGACAAUUGCAUUGAAACAUUGGACCACCACUGUGUUUGGCUGAACAAUUGCGUUGGUCGCCGGAACUAUCGCUAUUUCUUUACUUUUGUCAGCGCCGCGACGCUACUUGGCUUCUUUCUGCUUGGAGCCAGUCUUGCACAUAUACUGGUGUAUCGGUCUCAGGAGGGGCUUUCUUUCGGUGCUGCGAUUGACAAGUUGCGGGUGCCUUGGGCCAUGGUCAUUUAUGGGGCAGUGGCAGCACCCUAUCCGGCCUCUCUGUGGGCAUACCACUUAUUUUUGAUUGGACGGGGCGAGACAACGAGGGAAUACCUCAACUCGCAUAAAUUCGCCAAAGCAGACCGUCAUCGUCCCUUCACUCAAGGGAAUGUGUUCCAAAACUGGUUGUCUGUACUUGCACGACCACGUCCUCCAACCUACAUGCAAUUCAAGCGACCCUAUCAAGAGGGUGACCAGCGCUUGAGCACGCUGAAACGAAAAGACCGGCCUCGAGAUAUCGAAGCCCAAACAGACAUAGAGAUGCAGGAUGUUCCUCCCAGUGGGCAACAGGGCUAA